AUGCUAAAUUAUUAGAUUUUAAUAAUAAUAUACUCAAUAAUAUUUUGUUCUUAAUCAGUAUAAAUACAAGUAGAAGAUGUGGAGUUUAUACUUCACAAAGAAUCUGGAUUUAAAUUGACUAAUUCAAAAAUUCUUAUAGAUAAGAUUGAUAAUAUAAAAGGUGUGAUAGAUGAUGAUGAUGUUAAUAUUUUACAUUUUGAAAUUUAUGAUGUAAAAGUAUAACAAUCAAGGAAAAAAGUAGCAGGUAUAUUAGAAUAGUUUUGGAAUGAUGCAAAAAUGAUACCUAUCAAAUUGAGAAAUUAAUUAGAAUUUAUGUUUAUAUUUGAUUUAAUAAUUUUAGUGAAAUAGCUUUCAAAAAACCUAAAAAUGCUUAAAUCUUAGUGAAUGAAUUAAAGAACAACAUUUGGUCAAUCUUAAUAUACAUGAAAGAUAGUACUGAUGUAAUGGAAAUUAAGUUUACAAUUCCAGAUAACCAUUAUAAUGAGUAGUUUGCAAAGCUAAGAGUACUUCUUGAUUUUAUUUGA